AUGUCCCUCCAAGCAACCCCAGCCCGUUCGUCACGCAUCACAAAGACCCGCAGAACAAGUGCAUCUGCAGCACUGGGACUGAAGCGAGCCCUCUCCUCGCCAUCAUCAGCACGCCCUCGAAAGAGGCUAUCACUGCCCUCUGAAAAGUCUGUUCCAUGCAAUGACGACGACCAGCUAGACGACACAGGUGUGAUAGCUUCUCUUGCCACCGAUCUCAAUUUCCGUGAUGUGCCCCAGUACAUGGAGUACAUCCGCAACAAUAUGUUCAGCGACAUGCCUGAGAAAGCAGGCAUGAACUCGACGCGGAUUGCACAAGUCCUGAACUACCAAAGACGUAUGCCACCUUUCGUCACUAUAUCUCAUGUCGAUGCACUGAGCACGUCGUCUACCAAGGUUGAACGAGAGAUUGCUGAGCUUGCGCAAGCCGGCAUCGUGAGGAGAGUGACGAUUCCCAAUCGAGGUGUUGGUGCUGCAGCUGUAGGAGAUGGUGUCGCCCUGGUCAGAGAAUGGCAGAGCCUCGCGCAUGCACACGGGGUACUUUCUGACCAUCUCAAGAACAAGUACAUCGCCCUGAUGGACACAAAUCCAACCUCGUCAACAAUCCCUGGCAUAGCACUCACUCCACCUGAAAUCUCCGCACUGAGUGCUGCGGGCUUCUUGACCUCUUCUCCUGCAACGAACAAUCACUCAUCCUUCUUCGCAGCCCCCGGAGCCAGUUCUCUUACUUCGAUAUCCACAUCUGGCUCUCGCCAUGCAGCAGGCUCCCUGAACGCGGUAGGUGGUAUCUCAGGCACCCACCACAUGCACGGAGGCACUUCCCUCUCCAGCCGUCCCAUCACCUCCACAACGUCCUUCAACUUCUCCCUCCCAAACACCGGCACCUACACCAAGCUUCUGAGCGAGGCGCGCACUCACUUCUCAAACAUACUGAAGAAGACAAAGUUCAAGGAAGCGCCGCUGGACAUGUUACAUGAACGAUGGGACGGCGGAGCAGGGGCCACCGAUAGAACGUCUGCCCGAGGCGACUUCAAAGGCGUGCUGCCAGGACGCACGAAAAAGUGGAAACAGUUCUAUGGUAUGCGGUUUGAGUGGAUCCUCGAGGAGUGUGUAGGCGCGGGACUCGUGGAGCUUUUCGAGACGGGGAGUGUAGGGAGAGGUGUGCGGUUGACGACAUAG